ACAUCUUGGUAGUCGGAGAACUUUGGAUUGUGUGGUUUAAGCCUGUAGUAACUUUGUUUGAGCUCGAAAAGUAAUUGUAAACACUAAACGAUGCAUGUUUACGUACAUUGACGAUCGGCGAUGAUGGAUGAGCAUAUAUUAUUACAUCCAGAGUUACUGGACGAAGAUGAGCUCUAUCGGAUACUUAAGGAUAGGGGAGUGCGGAUGGACUACGGAAUAUCAAAGCGUAAGCUUCUUGAUGUUUUUCAUAGACUGUGUGUUCCUUUGCCACAGAGGCAAUACAAACUUUCUCGAAGAGGAAAGGAAUUAACAAAAAUGCGUGAAAAGCAAGAACAGGAAAAGGCAAAGCAAAGCACAUCUGUUACAAACAAUAGCCCAUCAUCAUCAUCAGCAUCAUCCUUGUCAUUAUUGUCGUCAUCAUCAACAAUGCCAUAUUCAAAUCGUCAGAAACAGCACUCUGACCAUACAGGAAAGGAUCGUUUAAAACCACCUCCAGAUCUUACUCAGAGUAAAAAGAUCAAGUUGAACACCAGCACCUCCACAUCUGGAAGCAGUAAAGCAAGUAAUGGAGGUGAUAAUUUCCUUGACAAAAUAAUCAUUAAAAGUAAAUCAACUGACAAGAAAGCUGAUGUAAAAGUAGAGAAGAGCCUAAAUGAAGAACAAAAUGCAAAGAAGGAUGUUUGUUCAGAACCUACUAAAGCAAAAAAGAUAACACUGAAGAGACCUGUUAUUGAAAUGGAAGAGGAGCGAAACACAGACGCGGUGUCAGAGGGAACAAAGCCAAAAAAGGUCAGGCAGAAGAUUAGUUGGCCGUAAAAAUAGGAAAAGAAGCUAUUUUUAUCAUCAGUGCCUACCAUACUUCUCCCCGAAGAGUCUGAUAAGGCUAUAAUGUUAUGAAGAUAGAGUAUUCAGGAAAGCAUGUAUGCUUCAUAUACAUAAUUAAAUACAUACAGUUACAUGUGUGGGGUCCGUUUUGUGUACUUUGUGCUUGUGCACUGUGCAGUGUAAGCAUAUAAUGUGAAAAAAGUCCUGUCAUGCAGCUAACUAACCAUUUGUACAAAGAAUAACAUGGAGCAGUGAUUAAUGAACUGGAACUGUUGGAUAUUCUAUUAUCUAUAAGAACUGGAGCAGAUUGUCAGUUGUUCUUGGUGGUGUACUGUACGUGAUGACAAUGCACUCAAGUGCAAAACUGAA